AUGUGCCCCCGAAGCCGGUCCGCCCCCACUUUCUCUCUCCGGUCCCCCAACUCGCUCCCACCCGGCUGGAGGCUCGAACCCGUGUCCUCGAGCUCAGACCAGGAGGGGAAGCAGCGGCGGUUGCCGGGCAACGCGCUGUUUGUUGGCGCGGGGGGCGGGGCCGGCGCGCGCGGUGACUCACAGCGGCGUGAUGCUGGCGGGCGCGGCGCCCGGCAGCCUGGCGGGCGGCCCGGCCCAGGCUGGCCCCGGCGGCUGGAGGGGCCGGUCGGCGGGGGCGCCCCAACCUCCAAGUGGGCGCCCAAGGCCGGUUGGGAAGUGGCAGAACAAGCCCCGGCUGCCGACAUCGGUUCGAAUUUCUGCCCAGCCUUUCACUCUCGGGUGUGA